AUCCCUAAGUUACGCUAGAAAUGUUAGCCUAUUUGAAUACAGGCUAUUAACGCCAUACCUCUCAAAGGACAACAAAGACCAUAAAGCAUUGCGGGCGCCGUCUCCACACUUGGUAGCUACAAGAAGCGUCGCGGUUGUGUGUACGUUUCCAUGGGGAGAAAUCACGCUCACACGCACGCGCUCACCUUGUAAGAGCUUCGUUCGUUUUAUCUGAAGCUAUCAGCAGGACAGCAGCCGAGGAAGGGACUACCAUGUUCAACUGCGUGACCGAGAUCCCUACCUUUUUACAUGGAUCAGUUACUGCAAAAUGAGCUUUAUUAAACUCCCAGGAUUGGCUGACAAAGACAAACAUUGGCCAAACUACGAUCUUUUCUUUUGGGAAAAAAGAAGUGAAUUCUGGCUGAUGAAACAAAGACUGAACAAUACUUGAAGGAAGAAGGAGGAUAUUUGAUUGAUGAAUCGGCUGUGUUUUUCUACAGCCCAUCUCACACAAUAAUAAAGUUAGCUGAUAAAGAGGCUGAUGAAACUGUUUUGAGUAAUGAUGAAUCGCUACACCACCCUGAAGCAGCUGGGUGAUGGCACCUAUGGCAGUGUGAUGAUGGGAAGAAGCAAUGAGUCUGGAGAGCUUGUAGCCAUCAAAAGAAUGAAGAGGAAGUUUUAUUCAUGGGAGGAAUGUAUGAACCUAAGAGAAGUAAAGUCGCUGAAGAAGCUGAACCACGCGAACGUGGUGAAACUAAAAGAGGUUAUUAGAGAGAAUGACCAUCUCUACUUUGUCUUUGAGUACAUGAAGGAGAACUUGUACCAGCUUAUGAAGGACAGAGAGAAUAAAAUGUUCUCAGAGAAUGAAAUUAGAAACAUCAUGUUUCAAGUGCUGUCUGGGUUGGCUUUUGUACAUAAACAUGGUUUCUUCCAUCGAGACAUGAAGCCAGAGAAUUUGUUGUGCAUGGGUCCAGAACUGGUCAAAAUAGCAGAUUUUGGACUGGCCAGAGAGAUCCGCUCCAAACCUCCCUACACAGACUAUGUAUCAACGAGAUGGUACCGAGCUCCGGAGGUCCUGCUCAGGUCAUCUACCUACAGCUCUCCCAUUGACUUGUGGGCUGUGGGCUGCAUCAUGGCCGAAUUGUACACACUCAGACCUCUUUUCCCUGGGAACAGUGAAGUAGACGAGAUAUUUAAGAUCUGCCAAGUCCUGGGCACCGUCAAAAAGACCGACUGGCCAGAAGGUCACCAGCUAGCAACUGCCAUGAACUUUCGAUUUCCUCAAUGUGUGCCGACCCACCUGAAGACCCUUAUUCCAAAUGCCAGCAAUGAGGCUAUUACCCUGAUGAAGGACCUGCUGCACUGGGACCCCAAAAAAAGGCCCACUGCUGCACAGGCCUUGCGCUAUCCUUACUUCCAGGUGGGUCAGGUCUUGGGGCCACGCCCUCAGAGCCAGGAGGUCAAGAAAGUCCAGAACAGGCCGCUUGCUCAAAAACAGGCCUCUGAGUACAAAGUUGAACUGCAGCAGUCUUCCUCUGAGUCUAAAGCCUCCACAACCUCCUCCAGAAACCAUCAACAGCCUCUGCAGCAGAUCCCCUUACCCCAGGCUGAGAGUAAACCUGGAGGCCUCAGCCAUGCAAAGGCGCUGGGCAGUGAGAACAAUGCUGGUGGCGUCGGGAUGGGUGUGCUGAAGAGCGGUCGCCGUCGCUGGGGCCAGACAGUGGCCAAGACCUCAGACAGCUGGGAGGAAUCUGAUCGUUCAGAAACAUCCGCCUCCAACUCCAAGAAACCCAGCCUGGUGAAUACAGAGGAGGAGAAGAGCCCCAAGGACCAAUGUCCACCACACCAGGAGCAGAAACCUCUAUACUCCUUCAGUACCGUUACCAAGCUACCAAACAAUGUAAAGACUGGCCAAAUGGACUCUAAUCUUCCAGGAUCUGCGGCCCGCCAACACUAUCUCAGCCAGUCUAGAUACUUGCCUGGCUUGAUCAGCAAGAAUCAGACCUCCUCUGGAGAAAAGGAGCUGACUGGCAUGACACUGCGGGACCUGUGGGAGAACUCCUCAAACACUGUAAAUAAACCACUUGGUCCUAUUGGGGGAGGAUUAUCUGUCACCAGAGCCAAUGCAGAAGAUACUGCUGCAAAGUGUUUGGAUAGCCCACCAGACAAAACUGUGGUCAAAGAAAGAAUACUGCAGAAAAUUGAUCUCUCCAAAGGGAACUUUGUGAGCACCAAGUACAACCUCUCUGGUGGUUACAUCUCUUCAUUUCAAAAGAAAGAGGUUGGCUCAGUGGGACAGAGAAUCCAGCUUGCCCCCUUGGCUGGCCAGCAUGCAAUAAAUCUUUCUUCUUCUCCUGAUAACAUAAAAGACAACCCAAAAUCUGCAAAACUCAAGCCCAUAUCCAACUCAUCAUUAAAAGAAACUGGUGAAGAAUAUGAAGCCUGGAAGAGGAGGACAGACAGCUCUCAGAUGAAGGGCAGCAGUUAUUCAUCAGCACUGGGAAAAAACUCCGGAAACCUCCUGACCAGAGCUCCUGCUGUGCAGCCCGUCCAUGGGAGGGUCGACUGGACAUCCAAAUAUGGCGGAAACCGGUAGUUUGGGGGAGCACAUGCUACAAACUACUACCGCUUGUUAGUCUUUGGCGAGCAAUUGAAUCCUGAGCAGGCUGCUUAACUAUGCUUAGGCUCAGAUAUCAAGGUCGACAUCCCACGUUCUUUGUUAUGUUUAUAAAAGUAGCACCGAACUGUAUGUGCAUUGAAUCUCUGUGUUCUGGAGAUGAUGGUUGCCAUGAUGCUUAACCAGGACCGGUAUUGUCCUCAAGACAAUCCCACUGCAUCCUUCAGAUACAGUGGGAGCCAAUUUCAUUGUCAUUGUUUGGAUUUUUUCUUCUUUCUUUUUUUAAAGUAGGACUCCAGCACAGCAAUUCAACUUUUAUUUAACUUUAGAUUUAUUUUUCUCUAGUUUCAUAUUACAAAAUGUCUUUAAUGAAUGGUUCCUGUAAUGUUGUAUCCUCUCUGCUUUUAUUCAGCAUGUAGUAGGUGACACAAAAAAUCCAGAGUGUCAUAAAAACACAGCAGACUCUGAAAACUGUAAGGGAACUGCAAACCUCUUUGUAAUAUAUCAAUGAGUAAGCUGAAUUUUUUUUUAAACUUUUUUUUAACAAAUAAACAAGUUCAAAGGUGCA